CUCUUUGGCUGCCUAUCUGCUGCUGUCGAGAGAUCAGUUUAGGCUGGGUUUGCUUGCUGCUUCAGCUGCCGGCUCCUCCAGCCGCUCUGGAUUACUUUGCUCCCCCUGCCCUCGACGUCCCUCUCACUCAAAUGCUGGACAGCCAAGAUCCGUCAUGAGCCACACCGAAGCAUCCCGGCCUCUGAACUGGACCAUCCGUAAGCUGUGCCACGCAGCUUUCCUGCCAUCAGUUAGACUCCUCAAGGCCCAGAAGUCAUGGAUAGAGAGAGCGUUUUGCAAGCGAGAAUGUGUCCACAUCAUACCGAGCACAAAAGACCACCACAGGUGCUGUUGUGGGCGACUAAUGGGACAACAUGUCGGAUUACCCCCUGCCAUCUCCAUCAGCCACAACGACAGUGGAGAAAGCAGAAGCACAAAGAAUGACCUGGAGAAGUGGUCUGUCAGCAAGCACACCCAGCUGAGCCCAACGGAUGCCUUUGGCACCAUCGAAUUCCAGGGAGGAGGACACUCUAACAAAGCCAUGUAUGUGCGUGUUUCUUUUGACACAAAGCCCGACUUGCUCUUGCACUUGAUGACAAAGGAAUGGCAGCUAGACCUCCCAAAGCUACUGAUCUCCAUACAUGGUGGCCUCCAAAACUUUGAGCUUCAACCUAAACUAAAGCAAGUCUUUGGAAAGGGUUUAAUUAAGGCAGCUAUGACGACAGGGGCUUGGAUAUUCACCGGAGGUGUCAACACAGGGGUCAUCCGCCACGUUGGAGAUGCACUCAAGGACCACGCCUCGAAGUCUAGAGGAAGGAUCUGCAUUAUAGGCAUCGCUCCAUGGGGAAUAGUGGAGAAUCAAGAGGAUCUGAUUGGAAAGGAUGUGGUCCGCCCAUAUCAAACCAUGUCCAACCCCUUGAGCAAACUGACGGUGCUGAACAGCAUGCACUCCCACUUCAUCCUGGCAGAUAACGGCACCACAGGCAAAUACGGAGCUGAGGUGAAGUUGCGGAGGCAACUGGAGAAGCACAUUUCCCUGCAGAAGAUUAACACUAGGAUCGGACAGGGAGUUCCGGUGGUGGCUCUCAUUGUGGAAGGCGGACCCAACGUAAUCUCCAUCGUGCUGGAGUAUCUGCGGGACACGCCGCCCGUCCCGGUGGUGGUUUGUGAUGGCAGCGGCCGGGCUUCAGACAUACUCGCCUUCGCACACAAGUACUCGGAGGACGGUGGGGUAAUAAACGAGUCUUUGAGAGACCAGCUACUCGUCACCAUUCAGAAGACCUUCAACUACAGCCGCACGCAAGCUCAGCACCUCUUCAUCAUUUUAAUGGAGUGCAUGAAGAAGAAGGAAUUGAUUACUGUCUUCAGAAUGGGCUCAGAGGGACAUCAGGACAUUGACUUGGCCAUUCUAACGGCUCUCCUGAAAGGAGCCAAUGCUUCAGCACCGGAUCAGCUCAGUCUUGCUUUGGCCUGGAACAGAGUGGACAUUGCUCGGAGUCAGAUCUUUAUCUAUGGACAGCAGUGGCCGGUGGGUUCCCUCGAGCAGGCCAUGCUCGAUGCACUGGUACUGGACCGCGUGGAAUUUGUGAAGCUGCUGAUUGAGAACGGGGUGAGCAUGCAUCGGUUCCUCACCAUCUCCAGGCUCGAGGAGCUCUACAACACUAGACAUGGCCCAUCCAACACUUUGUACCAAUUAGUCAGGGAUAUCAAAAAGCGAGAAUACCAAGCAUUCAGCUGGAUCUAUUUUCAGGGGAACCUCCCGCCUGAUUAUAGAAUCAGUUUAAUUGACAUCGGGCUGGUGAUUGAGAAUCUGAUGGGAGGAGCCUAUCGCUGCAAUUACACACGCAAAAGAUUUCGAACCUUGUACCACAAUCUGUUUGGUCCAAAGCGGCCCAAGGCUCUGAAGCUGCUGGGAAUGGAGGAAGAGCCUCCCAUCCGGAGAGGCAGGAAGACAACCAAGAAGAGAGAGGAGGACGUGGACAUUGACCUGGAUGACCCAGAGAUCAAUCACUUCUCCUACCCGUUCCACGAGCUGAUGUUAUGGGCUGUGCUCAUGAAGCGCCAGAAGAUGGCGCUGUUCUUCUGGCAGCACGGCGAGGAAGCCAUGGCCAAGGCCCUUGUGGCCUGCAAGCUCUGCAAGGCCAUGGCCCACGAGGCCUCAGAGAACGACAUGGUGGACGACAUAUCCCAGGAAUUAAACCACAACUCCAGGGAGUUUGCACAGCUUGCCGUUGAGCUACUGGAUCAGUCCUACAAGCAGGAGGAGCAGAUGGCCAUGAAGCUGCUGACCUACGAGCUGAAGAACUGGAGCAAUUCCACCUGCCUGCAGCUGGCUGUGGCGGCCAAGCACCGAGACUUCAUCGCUCACACCUGCAGUCAGAUGCUCCUCACGGACAUGUGGAUGGGACGUCUGCGCAUGCGCAAGAACUCCAGCCUGAAGGUUAUUCUGGGAAUCCUGCUGCCUCCGUCAAUCCUUAGCCUGGAAUUUAAGAAUAAGAAUGAGAUGUCGUAUGUUCCCCACACUCAGGAGUCACCAUUACUGGGGAAAGAAGUGGAGGAGCCUGAGAAACCUGUCAAAGAAAAAGAGGAGGAGGACAUGGAGUUCACAGCAAUGCUUGACGGGGUGAAUGGAGAAUCAGCUCGAAAGAAAAAUGAAGAAGUAGUACCAACAGUACACAGAAUGAUCCCAUUUGGAAGAAAAAUCUAUGAAUUUUACAAUGCUCCAAUUGUUAAGUUCUGGUUUCAUACGCUAGCAUACGUUGGCUAUUUGAUGCUUUUUAAUUACAUCGUUUUGGUGAAAAUGGAGCGGUGGCCAUCAGUGCAGGAAUGGAUAGUGAUUUCUUACAUCUUCACCCUCGGCAUUGAAAAGAUGCGAGAGAUCCUGAUGUCAGAGCCUGGUAAACUGCUGCAGAAGGUGAAGGUCUGGCUACAGGAGUACUGGAACGUCACCGAUCUCAUGGCUAUCCUGCUUUUCUCUGUGGGGAUGGUGCUGCGCCUGCAGGAGAAGCCAUAUAUGAGCUACGGUCGAGUCAUCUACUGCGUAAACAUCAUUUACUGGUACAUUCGCCUAUUAGACAUCUUCGGGGUCAACAAGUAUCUGGGGCCUUAUGUCAUGAUGAUUGGAAAAAUGAUGAUGGACAUGAUGUACUUUGUGAUCAUCAUGCUGGUGAUUUUAAUGAGCUUUGGAGUGGCACGCCAAGCAAUUCUUCACCCUAAUGAAGAUCCGUCCUGGAGGCUGGCGAGAAACAUUUUCUACAUGCCUUAUUGGAUGAUCUAUGGAGAAGUGUUUGCUGACCAAAUUGACCCUCCAUGUGGGGCUGGAUUGUCGGAGGAUGGUAGACCCCUACCUCCUUGCAUAACUGGAGCAUGGAUCAUCCCUGCAAUAAUGGCAUGUUACCUCUUGGUUGCAAAUAUUCUGCUAGUCAACCUCCUUAUAGCUGUGUUCAACAACACAUUUUUUGAAGUCAAAUCGAUAUCAAACCAAGUUUGGAAGUUUCAGAGGUACCAAGUGAUCAUGGCUUUCCAUGAGAGGCCCGUCUUGCCUCCACCGCUGAUCACCCUCAGUCACAUGACCAUGGUCUGCCAACACAUUUGCUGUCGUUGGCGCAAGCAAGAGCGCGAGCAGGAGGACAAAGAUUAUGGACUCAAACUCUGCGUAACCGAAGAUGAACUAAAGAAACUGCACGACUUCGAGGAACAGUGCAUAGAAGAGUAUUUUCGAGAAAAGGACGAUAUGUUCAACUCUUCAAAUGAUGAAAGAAUAAGAGUUACUGCUGAGCGGGUGGACAACAUGUCGAUGCGGCUGGAGGAGGUGAACGAGCGGGAACACUUCAUGAAGGCUUCCCUGCAGACCAUGGACAUAAGGUUGGGGCAGCUGGAGGAGCUGGCGGCGCGGAUGGCCUCGGCCCUGGAGCGGAUCGCCGGCCUGGAGAAGGUCGAGGGCCACAAGUUGCCAUCCAGGACUUCCUCGGACUGCACCGAGGCCGCCUGCAUGCUGCGCCAGAGCAGCUUCAACAGCCAGGAGGGCAGCGGCGGCGGCGGCGGCUACCGGCUGCCCGAGUGCGACGAGCAGGCGGCAGAGGAGCCGGUGUCUCCCAACUCGCCCACCCUGACGCCCAGGAUGAGGAGCCACUCCUUCUACCUGGUCAGCCCAAAGCAGCGGGCGGGUGGCGGCGAGCGGACCGACUUCCCCUUCAAGGAGCGGUCGCUGAGCCUGCAGCGGGCCACCAGCUCGCAGUCGUUGGCGGUGAUAGCGGGGCACAAGGAGCCGCGGCCUUGCCCGCCGCCUGAACCCUUGUCCUGCGUCGAGAUCUACGGGCCAACUGUGGGCGGCGGCGCCGAGGCCGACUCAUCCCUCAGGGUCCCGGCCGCCCUCCACCCACCCGACGUGGUGGCCGCGCUGCUGAUGAGGAGCCAGGCGGCGGCGGCGGCGGCUACAGCGGCGGCUACCCCACCCUGGGCCGAGCCUCCAGACGAGUUGUUCGCGGGCGACGGGCCGGCCUGGCAGCCGGUGGAGUGGGGAGGCGAGUUGUGUGCGGCCCCGGUGCUGGAGCGCUCCAAGAGCAGCCGGUACCUGUGUAGCCCGGCCGCCUCCGCCGAGGCCUCCUGCCUGAUGGUCAAGUCGCACAGCUUCGCCGUGCCCUCCCGGGGCCAUUACGGCUGCAUGGGCGUCCCGGUGAAGACGGCCGAGUACACCAGCAUCACCGACUCCAUCGACACCCGCUGCGUCUCCGCCGCCCCCCUCCACGCCGAGCACUCGCCCCAGUCCAGCGGUUCCCACGGCGACCACUCCAGCGGCCUGGACGACGGCGCCGCCUGCCACCCGGAGCGGGAGGCCGAGCUCAGUCACCCCAGCUCGGACAACGACGAGGAGGAACAGGUGGUGGUGGAGCGCGGGGGUCCGUCCCGCACUGGCCCCGGGGCCCCGUCCUCUCUCUGCAGGCUGGAGAGGGCUCACAGCUGCACGGCCGCCGAGCCCAGCACCCCCGGGCCAUACGCCAGGAAGAGCUGCUCCAUCAGCGACAGGCUGGACGGCCAGCGCAACGCCGCCGGCCCCUUCCAGCGCAGCCGCUCGUCCCGGCCCGACGCCAGGUCCGAGGGGUUCUCGCUGAAAGCGCUGAGCAGAACCACCGCCUUCCGGAGCUUCGACAGCAGCAAGCAGAGCCUCACAUAAUGUGCACUGUCCUCCUCCCCACUUGUCGCUGCUUGUUUUCUAAUGUAUGGUUUAUUGCUGCUCCAGUGCUUCCCACCCUCAUGUUUUCAGCAUCUCCAUCUAACCACCGCCUGCACAAGUGUCUCCCUGCCCUUCAGCACACUAUUGUUGCCCUGAUGGGGAAAGGGCUGGGUCAUGUCAUUAGCAUGAGUACAAUAACUGCCAUGGUAACACUUGGACUGAAUUGCUGGUGAAGGUUGCUUUAAAUCCCAUAGACAAUAAGGAGAACCAACCAAUAAAGGGGAGCCUGAACGAAAAACACUAAAUGUCUUUAGGUAAGAUAGUGUAGUGGGGAGAAAAGCGGUGACGAUGUUUCAAAUCUAUGACUUUUCUAAAUUCUAAUGAAGGUUCGUCCAUUUGAAACAUUAUCUCAAUUUCCCUCUGUUCACACUGCCAUAUUUCCUGUUUUUCCAGCAUUUUUGGUUUUUAUUUAAAGAGAAACAAUCAUUUACUCUUCAACCCAAUUAUGUAGGCUUGUUCCCUCAGUCAUGAUGUUGGAAUUGCAUCCUCUCGAUGUGCAUUGCUGGGAAUGUAGAGAGGCCAAUCAUUCUUGGCAGUGUCCACAGUAACAGUUUCUCCCUAACUACCCACUCACAAUUUUGAACACCUUAGUUAAAUCUUCCCUCGAUCUUCCAUUUGCUGACAAAGCACGUACAAUUCUUCAUCCUGUUGAAAUAAAAUGGCAUUUGAAGACUCUAUGUCCUACUGAAAAUGUCAAAAUUGCAUUUAGUAAAUUGUUUAGUUAUUAAGGGACAGGCAGUAUCUCUGGAGAGAAUGAAUGGGUAACGUUUCGGGUCGACUCUUCUAAUUUAAAAGCACAACAGAUUGCAGGGUCUGGACUUGUCCUUUUCCAAUGUUCCAUUUCUCAAACUCAUUUAACAAAAACAACAUAAACAUCUUGGUGAACCUUCUCACCCAUCUUUGACUGUUUAAUUGGUUCAUACCCAACAUAUGGUGUAUUGAUAGUAUGGGCAUUUGGGGUAUCAACACAAGUAGCCACUUGUAAAGGAGACAUCUUUGCUUCAAACCCAGAUUUCAGAUGGUAUAGCUCCUUUAACUUAUUUUCUAAAGGGAAUAUUGAAAGUACAUGAUCAUCAUGCAGCGAGACAAAUAGCGUAAAGGGAGAAAUAAUUUUGAUACCAAACACUGGUGAAUUUUGUCAACUGCUGUUUGUUAAUAUUUGAUAGCCUUUCCAGGAAGGAUUGUACAGUAUUUUUCAAAAUAAUUUGCUAGUAUCCGUGAUUUUGUGGUUCCAAGUUCUAUUCUUAAUGAAGUGAUAAUGUAAUUGUUGCUAUAAGUACAUUUGCUGGCUCUUAUUCAGAAGCAUGUAUGCUAUUGUAAUAAGGAUGUAAAUAAUACUGUCCAUCCGUUGGUUCAAAGAUGACAUUUAAAACUCUAGCAGUGCAUGCAUUUAAAAAGCAAAUCGAUUUCACCAAAGGAUGGCAAGUGUAAUAGACAUAUGUUAAUAGCCAAGGGCCACCUUGCACAAGUGCUAAAUGUAUCAGAUGCAAAUGGCUGGUAGCCAUAGCAACUAGUUUUGGUCCUUUCGGACUUUUAAGUUUAAGUUAGAUUUUAAAAUUUAAGUCCCAAAGUCCCGUGAAACACGAUAACAAGCACAUUGGUUUUCAAAGCACUGAAUAAUCAUGAAACCCUCCAGUAUAUAGAGAGUCUCUCCAUCGUGCCACUGCUGCUUGUUUGAAAGAGUUCCGUCACCCCCACUGCUCUGUUCUUUCCCCAAAGCACUGUAAAUUACUCCCUUCCAGUUAUUCAUCCUGUGCACCUUUGAAAGUUGCCAUUACAUCUGCUUCAACAAUCCUUUCAAUACAUUCCAAAUCACACCAACUUGCUACAUUGCCAAAAGAUGCAAAAUCACACAAUUAUUGGAAAUCCAUGUCUCCUGAUUACUCAAAAUUCUGCCACUGUAUUGACUACCUGACUAUAAAAUAAGUAUUAUAUCUGCUGUAAGUAUGAGGAAAUCAAUUUGUGCUCAAUCACUUCCAUGAUGCUGUUGUGGGGGCAACUUCUGAAAUGUGGCUCUUUGAAAGCAGUGUAUAAUGCUCAGUCCUACUAUAGUCUACAUUUAAUGCAAGGGAUUGGGGGAUGAUACCCCAGUAAAAGUGAUUUCAUUAUCUCUAGUUAUCACACAUUGAUAACCUUGAGUGAACAGCAAAUCAAGUAAUUGGCUAUAUGGGAUGGAUGGAAACUAAGCUCCUAUCCACUUAAAAAAUGUAGGGAUUCACCCUCCUUUCACCCCAAGAACAUUCACAAACAGAAUUGUGUGUUGAGCUCAAACAUGGCAAAUCUUGCAUGAAGACACUACUCUGCAGGAGCACCACGAGUGGCCAAGUGAACGCAUAGCCGUGCCUUCUAAAGAUCAUCCAUAAUCAUUGUACGGGUAGAAUAAAUGCAGCUGGUUUUGCCAGUUUCUCUUUGGUCUCCUUCCAGGUUCACCAUCUGGUGCCACAUAUUUUCUACACAAACACACACACAACAGGUCCACACAAUCACACACUUUGUGGUUUGAGUUUGCCACAUCUAUCACUGUAAAAACAACUUUCAAUCUGAGCCUAUAAAUGAGCAUGGAAGCCCCAAUGUUUCAUUAACAUCUUCACACUUUCUCUUAGGUUUGUAUUUGAAGAAAGUUGGAAAUUGGGGCAUUUAAGCAGGAGAGCAAGCUUUAAACUAAUUACCAAGCAAAUAAAAAAUAUCCUGUUGCACUCCUAUAGCACCUCUGCGAUCCUUUUCACAACAUCCCAAAACUCUGUAACCAAAAAGUGCAGUCAUCGUUGUAUGGGAGUGAAUGUGUCUGCAAAUUGCCCUUGCCGUAAUAUCCCAAAAAUGACCUUAAUUUAGCAAUAAAAUGUCGAAGAGUGAAUAUUGUCACCAAGAUUGCACACCUACUCUUUGAACAAAAGCCGUGGUUGAUUUUACUACCAUCCAAGGGUGCAUCUGAACAUUUCACCUCAAAUAUAUCACCUGACUUAGAGUCAUUGAGUCGUUCAGCGUGGAACAGGCCCUUUGGCCCAACUUGUCCACACCAACCAACAUGUCCCAUCUACACUAAUUUUCCUGUGUUUGGCCCAUAUCCCUCUAAACCUGUUCUAUCCAUGUACCUGUCUAUUUACUUUUUAAAUUACCUGAAAUAUCAUCUCCUGGUAAUAUAUUCACCUGAUAAAUUCACAAAAAUGUUUCAUAAAUAUAUCACCUCCUGACUUAGGGAUGCAGUUUUUUGUACUCAAUUCUUUGAGUGAUAACCUAACCUUUUAACCCAGCGAGUGCCAUGUAAAAGAUGAGAAUAUAUUACUGAGGGUGAGAAAACGAUGACUAGUGUUCCUGCUAGCCACAGCUUGGAUUAGAGAUCCAGGAAUCUUGAGUUUGUAUCCCAGUACCACAGUAACUGAGCAAAUUAAAUGCAAUUAAUUUUACAUAAAGUAAAAGUAAUCAUGAGAUUAUUAUAUUAUUACAAAAGGAAAACAAUCACUACUGCCCUUAAGGGAAAUAAAUGUGUUGGCUUUCCCUAGCCUGCUUUGACUCUAGGCCUGCAGCAAUUUUCUUGCUUUUAACUGGCGUGAACCAGGCAAACAAGCCACUCAGUUCAAGGGCAAUUUGUAUUGUCAGUGAAUACUGGCUUUGCCAAUGACACCCAGAUCUUAUCAACACAAUUUCUAAAAAAGUUAUCACAUAAAGCUAAGGAUUAUUCAACACCUUAUUCACAGUAGGCUACUUGUUUUGGAUGAUAAAAUCUAAAGGCUGAAUCUGAGAUUCAAAUUUCUCCUCAACCUUGAAGUGAUCCAAACAAGUCUUCAAAUUCAUCAUUCCUUCCACUUUGAAAUAUAAACAUAUUGAAGACUAUUCACUGGGUCCAGUAAUAUUCUCUUGAUUUAAAAAUGAGUGAAUCAGCAGAUAUAGUUGUCAUCUGCCCAGUUUCAAGGUUUGUUUAUUUGGAAUAUGAUUGACACACAUGCUGUCCCACAAUUGAAAUUUAAAAACAAAAUCUACACGAUUUGUUCUUACUGUGAACAAUAACUGCUAAUCAAAGGUUAAUGACUCUACCAUAAAGUGCAAUAUUUAUCUAGAAAAAGGAAAACUAAUGCAGUAAUGCCAAAAUUCACAGCUCAAAGAUAUGACUCUCAGCAGAGCAAAAAAGGGGUAUUUUUGACUUCAAUAAAGGCUCAAAAUGAGUUUUUGCAGCAAAGUUUGCAGUUUCCCUUCAACCUACUUCUACCAACCUCUGCCACUUGUACAAGAAUGUUCUUAUGCCACUGUGCAAAGAGGAAAGGGAUGUCCCGUUCAAUGAUAGUGGAUUCUCAAGGACUGAUUGAGCUUUACAUUAACCACAAGGUUAAUGCAAAGUUUGGAGCUGGCUUCAAACAUUGAACUCCUGUUAUCGGCAGGGGUGUAGAAUUAUAAGCAUGCGUCCUUGAUGUUUGAUACAAUUGAAACACCCAUGGGUGAGACAUAGGUGUGAAUUUUAUACAAAAACUCCUCUGUCCAAUAAUAUAAUUGUCACAUUGCCUGGAAAGUCUCUCCACCUAUGCAUCGAUUGACUAAAUGGUGUGAGUGCGAAUCCAAUUUAUUUCCUCCACAAUAUAUAUUUUAAAGAACAAUAUGUCACGUUAUCAAUGAACAUGGCAAUAUUGCCAAUAAAAGAGAAAGAUUUUACAUCCAAUCUUUGGUUUCUGUCUCACCUUUUUUCUGAAGUAGACAAACUGCUGGUGUAACUGAGCGGUCAGGCAACAUCUCAGGAGAACAUGGAUAGGUGAUGUUUCGGGUCAAGACCUUUCUUCAGACUUCAGGCAUUUGUGCCCUUUUGUGCAUUAACCAGCAUCUGCAAGUUCUUUGUUUCUACAUUUGUUUCUACAUUUUCUUCAUCUGAUUUAUAUUUUCCAUUCAUGCCAGGAUAACUAAUAUAGAAGGUAGACACAA